GCAUUUUCUUUUCAGCUGUGUUUUUGCCUAACUGAAACAUGGCGUCCAAACUUAUAACUGAUGCCUUUCCGAAAGUCAAGAAGGACAGGCCGAUUAACCAAAAAGAACAGCCAAAAAAAACUUCAGUCUUAAGCGAAAACGAUGCCGAAGUUUUGAAGGAUCAAACUUCGGACCUCACAGAGGAGCUCUCGGUCUUAAAAGAAUUCGACUUAGAUUCCGAAUUUGGACCAUGUAUUGGAAUUACCAGGCUACAGAGAUGGGAGCGAGCUAAGGAAUAUGGACUCUACCCUCCCGAGGAGGUUAAAGAAAUCAUUUUGAAACACCCUGAUGACACAGCAUUCACUGAAUGUGUAUGGUAUGAUGCUAAUCUCUGAUGAGAAACAAUACAGUAUAUUGAGCCUGUUAUGCACAAAUGUUAUUAAGCAUUUGUGAACAAGUGAACCACUUUCACAACAUAACUGAAUGUCUUUUUUAAUGAACAAAAAAUAACUUACAUGUACUGUACAACAUGUACUGUACAACAAAACUAAAUAUUAUUGUGUAUUUUUUCUGUACUAUAUUAGAAAGACCGAUUUGGUGUUUGGUUCCUGUGAAAUGUUCCUGUUAGAUUUAAAACAACCUUCAAUUAGGUAAUUUUUAUUUGAUCUUAUUAAUAUUAAAUGUGAGCUGUAAGAGAAAGAUAGAUAGCAAUCAACACUUAUGAAAAGUAA